AAGACAGCAGUUAACAUACUCCGCAGUUCAGGACGAUCGUAAACGAUGUGGAAGAUAAUUGUGGUCACUGGUAAAAUCCUUAACAUAAUUAUAAACCAUGCAGCGGGAAAAUAAGUCGGAUGAGUGGGUCAAACUUGUGUUGCGCCGAUUUAGAGCUCAGCUUCCAUUUGAAUCAACACGUUCUCAGAAAAAUCAUGAAAGUACAGAGCAUAUCAAGAACUGCAUUAUUAGCCUUAGUGAACACAACUUUAGUAUGGUGGUGGCAGAACUUGCUGGCUUUAUUAAAGAACCAUCUAAGUUGUGCUCCCUAUCGACAGAGAAGAUGACACUUGCAUCACAAUCCAAUAGCAUUACCAUGGAUACCAUGUCUCAGUGUUUUGAGAAGAAUCCAGAAAGAUGUGCAGCACUUCCUGAUGAAAUUUUGAAUAAGCGUCUACUUCCAGCAAUAUGUGCGUUCAUAACACAGUCUUAUGGAUUCCCUCUGGAAGCUGAACAGAAAAUUCUAGCUGGUAAAGUACUCUCCCACAUCAGUGUGCACCACUUCUCUGCCCUCUUUAAUCGCAUUGCAAUCAGACUCCAUGUGCUUGCCAACACUGAAGAUAAUUCUGAUACUGGUGAACUGGAAUUGAUUCGACAUUUACAUGUGAAUGUGUCUUCUCUUAAAAUUCUGUUGCAAGAAAGCAAUCAGGUAUUCAGAUCCUUGAAGAAGAUUGGUCAGCUAGCUUUAGUCUCUGGAUUGGAAAAGGCAAUAUGGAAUUGGGUUGAGAACAGUCCAGAUGAAUUUGCACAGCUACAGAGAGAACCAUCACCAGAACUUUCAGAGUAUGCAGAGAAGCUGUUUGACAUGGUAGAUAAUUUUGCAGAGAGUUCAAAGAGAAAAGCUGCGGUGUGGCCCCUCCAAAUUAUGCUGCUUAUUUUAUGCCCAGACAUGCUGGAACAAAUAGCCACAAGUGAAAAAGUAUUUGAUGUCAGCAAAGCUAAUAAGAAAGAGUUUCUUGAUCAUCUGAAGAAGGCCUUAAAUAGUACCAAACACCUGACAGAAAGUGCAGCAGUGGUGUGCGUGAAACUUUGCAAGGUUGCAACGUACAUGAAGCCUGAAGAUAACUCUGUCUUGUGCUUUCUUGUUGUGUCCAUGCUCAAUGAGUUGAAGGCAUUACUUUUCAACGUGAGCAAGCCUUUUUCUGUAGGAUCUGGUGGCUUUUUCACAACAGAGGAACUAAUGGUUGAUUGUUUUGUGUCAAGUUUCCGCAUUAAUUACAGAAACAACCAGCACUUUGAUAUCUGCCUACAGCCAAACUCUCCCAUUAUUUUCCAUCUUGUCUAUGUGAAAGGAACAUAUGCUAUUGUUAAAGAGGCUCCUUUGAGAUGGUGGCCAAAAGCUGAAGUGCUUCAUCCAAAAGCUUCAGCGCUAAGACAUAUUUUCUUGAAUAUUUGUAACAAGGUUCAAAAUGGUGAACAAGAGGGACAACAGUCAAGAUUGAGUCAGAUCUAUAAAGUAAAAGACAAGAAACACAAAGAAGAUGAAGUGCAUUCCAACAAGAAGCAAGACAAAGAGUUAUUACUAUGGCUGGUGAAAAUUUUUCAUGCAGAUCCUGUGUUUGCUUUUAAUAAUCCUGAUCUUCAUGGCUGGGAGAUCCAAAAGAAUUCAACUCAAGUUAUAAUGGGUGUGGUCAAUUUGAUGUUAACACCUUCUCUACCUGCAGAAAUAAGAAAUGAGGCAGCUGAGACUCUUCUUUGUUUCUUUGAAGCUGAUCACAUAGAGAUGUGGAAUCCUGUUGCACCUAUUGCUUCAUUUUGGGAAAUUAGUUCACAAGUAAUGGUGUCCAUUGCUGAGUUUCUCAUUGGUCAUGGCAGCCAUGGAACUGUUUUACUCAGAUACUUAAGGGAUCUAACCAUGUGUAAAAUUGAGUUUUUAAGGAAACACCAGGAGCAAGCUUCCAUAGGAUGCCACUUGCCAAUAUGUACAGUUUCUCAAACUAAACUUGAGGAAGUGUUCCUAAGUUAUUUAUGGAAUCCAGAUAUGGAAACUGUGUUGAUCUCCCUUUCUUGUUUUGGACAAAUGUGCAAUGAAGUGGACAUUGUACAAAGUUCAGAGACCCUCAAUGUUCUGCAGACUUCUCAAAACUUAAAUGUGUACAAUGAGUUGUCACAGGAGGCUACCAAAUUUAGAGCUGGAAGAGCAGCACUGCAAAAACGGAUCAUGGCUUUAUUACGGCAACUUGACAGCCAAACUGCAGGGAAUUUUCAGGCCUGGGAAAGUACUUACACAAAAUGGCAAAAGCUAACCUUUGACCUUGUCAACUUUGGUAAAGAUGAUUCUCCAUCAAUAGAUGUACAGAAAUAUCUUAGGCGGAGAUCACAUGCCAAAAUCACUACUGACAACUUGCAGACAUCAUUCAUUGAAUGGACAUUCAUGACAGGAUUUCUCUGUUCACUCGGGGGAGUGUGUUUGACUUCACUACAACCAAUAAGAAGAUACAGCAGAAGUCUUCCUUCAUCAGUUCACUCCAAGGCUGAAUCAACUGAUUCUGAAUGUGCUACAGUAACCAAGUUUAUGCAGGAUGUGUUGAGUCUCUUGGUUUGCAGUAAUGAUAAAACUGGUUUACAGAUACGUAGUACAGUCAAUGAGCUGGUUGGAGUGGAGCUUAGUCCUAAGCUUUAUCCCAUUUUACUGACGCAGAUCAUGACAGUAGUUAACAGCUUCUUCACACCAUCUGGGCAGGUGGUGGUUCAAGAGAAACACACGCUUUUUAUAGCACAGAUCAUUGUAAUAAUCAAGCACAUCCUGGAAAAUAAACUUGGACACAAGGAUUGUUUUCAGAUGAGUGGCAUUGAUGCUAUGAUCCUGUCAUUUGUAAGAUAUGUGAGGAACCUUCCUGUCAGUCAUCAGGCCCUGCAGAUAAAGUGUAAACUCUGCCAGCUGAUUGAUGUGAUUAUGGCAAAGAGAGACGAAUUAUUACUUCAUCAAGAGGUAAAACUACGGAACAAGCUUGUGGAAUACCUCACUGAUUGGGUUCUACCAUCUGCUGAACAUCAUCAGAGUAUCCCUCUAGAGCUCUCGGGUUUAUCCAAAGAUCUUGAUGCUACUGUGAUGCGUGCAAUAGCAUCACUCCUGUCCGGGUUACCCCUGCAACCUGAGGGGAUGGAGACAGACAUUAUGGAGGCCAAGUCACAACUUUUUCUCAAGUACUUCACUCUAUUUAUGAACUUGAUGAACGGGGAGAAAGGUACAAAAACUACAGAUGAGCAAGAAGAAAAAGGGGAAAUGCAUCACAAUGCAUCCCAAACAUUGCAUCAAAAUGCCGUCCUAGCUAUGUCCAACCUUCUAAAUGCGAACAUUGAUACUGGGCUUAUGUAUGCAAUAGGUCUUGGUUACCAUGACGAUUUACAGACAAGAGCUGUAUUUAUGGAGGUCCUCACCAAGAUUCUACAACAGGGCACUGAAUUUGACAAUUUGGCAGACACGGUGUUAAUGGACAGAUUUGAUAGACUAGUGGACUUGUUGACGCUGACAGGAGAGAAGGGGAAACUUCCGAUUGUGAUGGCUUUGGCCAAUGUAGUACCAUCACAGCAGAUGGAUGAGCUGGCCCAUGUUCUGGUCACUCUGUUUGAUGACAGAAAGAAUCUGCCUCAGCUGCUGAAUAACGUAUUUUCUAUGGAGGUUUACAGCACGGAGGGAAUGCAGACGCUCUUCAGAGGAAACAGUCUUUCCAGUAAAACUAUGGCAUACUGUUUCAAAGUAUUUGGUGGCAGUUACCUUCACACACUACUUGCACCGCUGAUAGCUCCUAUGUACAAAGAACAUGUCUCAUUUGAAGUGGAUCCUACAAGGCUGGAAAAAGGUCAAAAUGUCGAAGAGAACAGAAAUAACCUGAUUAAGGCUGCUCAAAAGUUCAUCAACGAGAUUGUAAUUUCAGCUGAAAGUUUUCCUAUCCAGCUACGGCGUCUGUGUAACUGUCUUAGGGAGAUUGUUCACCAGAGAUUCCCAAAGCACAGUUUAGAAGCAGUGGGGAGUGCCUUCUUUCUGAGGUUCAUCAACCCAGCAAUAACUUCACCCCACGCCACAGGGAUGGUUGACCAGAUUCCUCCAGAGGAGCUAAGGAGAGGACUGAUGUUGUUGUCAAAGAUUCUCCAAAAUUUAGCCAACCAUGUCCUGUUCACAAAGGAGAAACACAUGGAACCUUUUAACGGUUUUCUUCAAGCAAACUUUGACAAGGCGAGAAAAUUUUUUAACGCCAUUUCAUCGAAGUGUCCUUCAAAGAGAGACGAGGAUAGCACGAGUUAUUCUUUUAUUAGUGACAGUAGCGUGUUGAGUCUCCAUAAACUCUUGUGGGAUCAUCAGGAAAAGAUUGGGACUUAUCUUGCCACAAAGAGUGAAUUCAAGACGUUUGGUAGAAGACCUUUUGAGAAAAUGUCAACGCUACUGGCUCAUCUUGGACCACCUGAUCAGCAGAAAAAUCAUUUUUCACAUCUGCGGUGGCAGGAUGGAGCUCGUUUUGAAGAGUUUAUGGCGCGUCACGCUGAAGAGAGCCGGGACGAUUUACAAGCCAUGAAAAGUUUAAACGUGUUUUAUCAAGGUGGCAAGUCAAAAAGUGGACAUCCUGUGUUCUACUAUAUCGCCAGGCGAUUCAGAGGAGACCAAAUCACUGAUGAACUUCUCAUAUACCACGCUCUAAUAACACUGGAAAGCUGCAUCGAAAGACCCUGGGAACUGGUUGUUGACUUUACCCAUACAACUUUAGAAAACAGGUUUAGUCCUUCCACAGUAUUAAAGCUUUUAACAGUCGUACCAGAUGGCGCUGUGAAGAAUCUCCAAGCAACGUACUUGUAUAACUGCAGUAGUUCACUGAGGCAAUAUGCCAAGUACAACGAACGACACUUGUCUCCUUUGAAGGGACGCUCUAUAGUACGAGUUUGUGAGUCUCUAAGUAAACUACACGAGUAUAUUAGUUCAAGCGAACUUAAGUUACCAAGUUCCACUGUGUCCCUCGAGGAAGACUUAAAGGUUUUUCACGCUUUCAGGGUGUCGAGCAGGAGCAAUGUUUUGGUCAAGGUUGGCCCCACAUCAGUGCAGAUCACCACUCCAGAGAGACACAGAGUGUUAGGGUAUUCAAGCAUCCUCAAUGAUGUGUACUAUGCCUCCGAAGUUAAGGGGGCCGCUGUGGAGGAUGAGAACCUGUGUCUAUUAAAGCUGGCCAAUGUUGGUCCAGGGAUUCUUCUGAUGAGUAAUGACAGUGAGCAGAUUGUUCAAGCUGUUACACACGUUAAGACCAGAUGGCAGCUCUCACAACCCGACUCAUCCACAACUACAAGUAAGAAGAUUAAGCCCAAAGAUGUCCCAGGAACGCUACUGAACAUGGCUUUGUUGAAUCUUGGUACAUCAGAUCCCAGUCUUCGCCUGGCUGCCUACAAUCUUUUGUGUUCUGUGACAAAGUCGUUCAACUUGAAAAUUGAGGAAAGACUCUUGGAAGGAACAGGUCUGUGCAUCCCUGCAAACAACACGCUGUUCAUUGUUGGAAUCAGUGAAAAACUUGCUGCUAGAGAACCACAACUGACUCUUGAGUUCCUGGAAGAAUGCAUUGCGGGUUUUGUGAAGUCAGAUUAUGAGUUGAAACAUUUGUGUCUGGAAUACAUGGCACCAUGGUUACCAAACCUUGCAAGAUUUUGUCGGUUCCCGGCGGAUGAUCCUCAGAAAGUGAAAAUGACCCGUAUCCUUGAAGAACUCAUAAAUCUAACGGUGAAAGAAAAAGGAACAAUGUAUCCGUCUGUUCAAGCGACAAUUUGGGGAAAUGUGGGUAAAGUGACCGAGUUACUGGAUACAGUCCUUGACUGCUUCAUUAAGGCCAGUGCUACAGGAGGCCUGGGUUCUGUAAAGGCAGAAGUUAUGGCAGACACUGCGGUGGCUUUGGCGUCAGCUAAUGUACAAAUUGUGUCACGCAAGGUCAUUGGGAGGCUCGACUCGCUUAUCAGCAAGACCUUUAUUUCUCCGACUGUCCGUCUUGAACAACAUCUUAUGUGGGACGACAUUGCUAUCCUUACAAGAUAUCUGCUUAUGCUUUCAUUUAACGACUGUCUGGAUGUUGCCAGUCAUAUUCCGUACUUGUUUCAUCUCGUUACUCUUCUCGUCUCCACUGGUCCGCCAACCAUCCGCGCCUCAAUUCAUGGCCUGGUCAUUAACAUUAUCCAGUCUCUCUGUACGUGUUCCUGUAUCAAGUUCAGUGACGAAACUCAUCGGCUUCUUCGCAUGCGGUUGGCCGAGCUUUCGUCGCCCAAGUUUUAUCUUCUUUUUGGCAUCUCAAAAGUGAAGACACCAGCAGUCAGGGCUUUUAAAGCAACAUACCAAGGCAGGUACACGCUGAGGGACUGGGAAGGAGAGCCCCUGAGCAUGACCGCCAUGGAGACUGUCACUGACCUCCUACUUGAAAUAAUGGAGAGUUGCAUGAAGGAUAUGCCAGAAUGCACUUGGCUAAAGAAGUGGACAGAACUCGCUUCAAAGUUUGCGUUUGACUUCAACCCAGCACUUCAACCACGUUCUAUUGUGGUUCUUGGUUGUAUCAGCAAAGAAGCCAACGACAUGCUUGUGCAGAAAUUGUUACAAGUGUUGAUCAUGGCUCUAAGCUCAUAUAACGACCUCGUGUUGAUAGAGGCGGCGUUCAUGUGUCUCUCAAGACUUCAGGUGAUUCUUUGUAAGGACUCCAUGUUCCACAAGGCAUUUUUCUGGAUUGCUAUAGCUGUGCUUCAGCUGUCUGAAGUGUCUCUAUAUCCUUGUGGUUUGGCGCUUUUGGAGCAGAGCCUUAUAACAAUGGAAACACAUGGUGCCUUUGAAUCAGAGUCUGUGGACAAAGUUCUGAUGGCGGUACGCGAGGAACCUCUGUUAGAGUUUCACUGUAAGCAAAUGGACCAUUUUGUGGGUCUUCACUUUUCAAACAAUUUCCACUUUGCGCUGAUGAUACACCUCGUGAAAGGAGUAUAUCAUCCCCAGGCCACCUCUUCUGCGCGUGCCAUUCGCAUCCUGAACUUGAUGUAUAACAUCACAAGCAAACGUAAAACAGGUCGUGGUUCUUUUAUUGUCAACAAAGAAAAUCUGGCAUAUUUGGCUGCUUUGUUGCCUGUAUCUGAGGAAGUUCGCGCCAGUCUUCGCCCGGGUGGCAAAAAAGAGCCCGAGAGUCCCACCCUGCAUUUUCCAGGCAAACUGGACGGCAGUAUCUCCGGAAGCGCAACAUCUUUGAAUACGGAGCAUCAAGUGUCCAUAGUCAUUACAGUUGAUGACAGUGCUAGUGAUCAGGCCUUUGUUUGCCCCUCGGAAUGUCGCAACAUGCUCUUGGAUCCAAGCAUUGCGAACGACAAUCAGACUCAAGCUUUGCUGUUGACCACGUUGGCAAUGCUGCUCGAGCACGUCACUGGAGAUGUAGAAUCACGGUAUUUGUACGAGGUACUAGCGGAGGCUAGUUUGGUAUUCCCUGGAGUUUUCCCUGUUAUUUAUAAUCUGUUAGACUCGGAUCUAUCCAUUGUGCUCGGCCAUUCUGAUGAUGUAGCCACUCUGAAAGCGAUACAAACAAUUGUACACUCGAUGAGCGCUGUCAAGCUAAAUGACGAUCCUGUUAUGAAGUCAAGCUAUCUAUCAACGUUUGGAUUUUCCGGAUUCAGUCACUUCACGAGGUUCAAGGAGCAGAGCGGUCAGGCAAACCGUGCGCAGCUCUUUGUAAAGUUUUUGGAAGCUGUAGUAGAGGUUUAUGGUAUACCAACGACCGAUCAAAAAACACAACGUUCAGGUUCUGUUGCGUCUGUCAAACCAAUACUUCUCAGCUCUAGCACUGAGGACCUGAGGGUGGCGUCUUCCGGGUCGUCUCUGUCUUCUUCCCUCAGUUCUCUGUCUGGUGCUGCACCUGGUAAGCACCUUUUCAUUCCAUUGCCGUUCAAGCGCUCAUCGUCUUCAUACCGAGCGAAGAAGGCCGAUAAGGAAUCUCCCAAAUUCCGACGGAACUGGUCCACUAGGGGAACAAGAAGUCCCUCUUCUGGGAAAGUUACGAAGUGAUAAGGCAGUCAAAAAUCUGUGGGGGUAGCACAGGCCAAGUUGCAGGACAAAUUGUCCUUAUUACCAAGGGAAACGUCCCUCAUCGACAUCCAAGCUCUUGCAACAAAUACCAAACCAAAUGAACGACGACUGUAAUGGGGAAUUUGAAAGUUGGCUUAGGGCUUUAAAACGAGUGAGAAAGAGUCAGCUAGAUAGACUGUAAGCCUUGCUUGACUCGGAUUGGUUUCCAUUAUGCAAGCAGAUGUAUGUGAACUCUUCUUUCCGCGAGGUUUAAUUUUCAUCCUGACUAAACGCAGAAGUAGCCGAGAGAAACCAAACAGAACACUUAUAAAUGCGUUUGUGGCUCGCUUUGAGUUUUUCAUCUCUUAUUGGUACUAACUUCCGCAGGACUCAAUUUUCGCUGUUUCAGAACAAUCGCGAGAUUGAAGUCCCGCGAGAAGCGGUUGGUGUGAAAACAAGAAACACAAAAUUUCAUGAUUUGUUAAAAAAUUAUUUUAGCAAAUUGCAUACAGUCCAUCGUUUACUAUACUUUUAGACCAAAGAAUGCUUUGGCAUUCUUAUCUGGUUAACGCCGUCCCUUUUUUCCUAUUAUUCAGUUUAGUGCUGUUAUUGGUGCUGUUAUUGGUACUGUUAUUGAAUUAGAAUAUUUAAAUAGGAGUAAGGAAUCGUCGCCUUUCGCUAAAAUUAAUUCCAUUGGACAGCACUUUUCGCCAAAUCGUUAAAUUUCAUUCGCGCAAAAUAUUCCUCUUCCCGGCAUUUUCGCGGGAAUAGUGACUGCGAAAAUUACUACCAAAUGGGUAGUUUUCCGAUUGUUGAUUUUGGUUUAUUUUCGACAUUUCUCAGAAUUUCAAGAGGUCUGUUCACUCUAGAGUUCAAUUUGAAACAGAUCGUUGUAUUGGUUAAGGCGUUCUUUAAGAAGAUAACUGUGGGACCAUUCGUGGCCGCACCCAUUUUUUCUCUGUAUUUCUCCGAUUUCUAGAAGGUUGCUAGACACAAUCACAUGUAAUUCCGCGCGCUUCAUCUCUUUAACUACCAUAGGUAAUUAAUUUGAUACUUCUCUUAACAAUCUCCCCUUAAGGUGAGGGAAAUUCAGCCGGAGAAUCGGCAUCUGCAUCAGAUGGAGAAAGUUAUCUCGCAAUGAAACCAAAUUAACGAAAGUGAUUUUUAUGAAAAUGACGAAGCUGUCGUUCUGUCUAUUCUCGGAGAUGAGAAUUCCGCUAACCCUGAACACUUUUACUCCCAUGAGUGACGUGACAGAAUUUCUCCUUACAAUAUCAAUACAAUAUUAAGCAGACAAGUGAUGAGAAUAAAGAAAAAUAUCAACAAGGGGAUUUAGUGGAUCCAAUACCAAAUUCUCUAAACUAACGUAAGAAUUGAAUGGCAGAAAGAAAGGAGAAUUGGUACGGCAAUCUUGGGAGUAAAAGGGUUGACACUCUAAUUUAUUUGUAAAUAUGACUGUAUCCUAUGGAAUACAAAUGCCUUAGUAUAACUGGCACCACACUGGUUUGUGGACCUGAUAUGAACGUGAAAACAGAUGAGCCCUCUUUAAGGCAUUUUCUUUGAUUGUUAAUUGGAGUUGUAAAUAAAAUCAGAGAAAUUUA